GCCGCGGCCGCCGCCAUGGCCAAGGAGGGCGCGCAGCGCGCCGAGGAGACGGAGCAGAUGAUCGAGAAGGAGGGAGGCCGCGAGGCCGCCGAGGGCAGCGCGGGCGGCAGCCUGCGCGCCGCCGACGCCAAGGAGAUGAGAGCCGUGGUGCUGUCCGCCUUCGGGGGGCUCAACAAGCUGCGCGUCUCCAAGAGGGUCAUGCCGGAGCCCCGCGAGGGCGAGCUCAAAGUCCGCGUGAAAGCCUGUGGUUUGAACUUCCUUGAUCUGAUGGUGCGCCAGGGGAAUAUUGACAACCCUCCUAAGACACCACUUGUUCCUGGCUUUGAAUGCUCCGGGAUUAUAGAAACCAUUGGAGAUAAUGUGAAAGGAUUUGAGAUUGGAGACAGAGUCAUGGCUUUUGUAAACUACAAUGCAUGGGCUGAAGUUGUAUGCACCCCAGCAGAGUUUGUCUACAAGAUCCCAGAUGACAUGAGCUUUUCUGAAGCUGCUGCUUUUCCUAUGAACUUUGUAACUGCCUACAUGAUGCUCUUUGAAGUUGCCAACCUAAGGGAAGGCAUGUCUGUCCUGGUUCACUCUGCGGGCGGCGGGGUGGGUCAAGCUGUUGCUCAGCUCUGCUCAACUAUUCCCAAUGUUAUAGUUUUUGGAACAGCUUCGUCUUUCAAACAUGAAGCUAUCAAAGAUUCAGUAACUCAUCUCUUUGACAGAAAUGCAGACUAUGUUCAAGAAGUAAAAAGAAUCUCACCAGAUGGAGUAGAUAUUGUUUUGGAUUGUUUGUGUGGAGAAAACACUGGGAAAGGCCUCAGCCUCCUCAAACCGCUUGGGACUUACAUUUUAUAUGGUUCAUCUAACAUGGUUACUGGGGAAACAAAAAGCUUCUUCAGUUUUGCGAAAUCAUGGUGGCAGGUUGAGAAGGUAAAUCCUAUCAAGCUGUAUGAGGAGAACAAGGUCAUUGCUGGAUUUUCUCUCUUGAAUCUACUUUUCAAACAGAAUCGAAGUGGCUUGAUCAAGAGUGUAAUGGACAAACUCAUAAAUCUAUACAAUAAUAAGAAGAUCAAGCCUGUGGUUGAUUCCUUAUGGGCCUUGGAAGAGGUGAAGGAGGCCAUGCAGAGAAUCCAUGACCGAGGAAAUAUAGGAAAACUAAUUCUGGAUGUGGAGAAAGCACCCACGCCCCUGAUGGCCAACGACAGUACAGAGACAAGUGAGGCCGGGGAGGAAGAAGAAGACCAUGAAGGGGACAACGAGAAUAAAGAGCGCAUGCCGUUCAUCCAGUAAGAGCCAGAGGAGCAAGGAAAAGAGGAAGGAUUGAUCACAUAGAAGGGAACAAGACUGCGAAAUCUAUUCUGUGCAUCAGUGAACAAAUGCUGUAGUACAGUGUGUGUUGUAUUUGUCUGCAGUCAGCUGAGCUAUGAGCUGUUGAUCAUUGUUGUUUUCAACUCAAGUGCCAUUCUCAUCCAGUGCAGUAUUAUGACAUUCCUCUGUGAUACCCAGUUUCCUUGUAGGAGUCC